AUGACCGAAAUCCGGUCCAAGAACCUCUACGAGCUUCUUGGCAAUGACCCUGAGCUCGACCCUAACAGACCCGCGCCUCCCCCACUAAGGCCGUCGACCGCCCCAUUGCCCGCUCUGGCAAGCGCGAUGCUCCCAAGGAGGCUCCCACCGCCGCUCCCCGCGAGGGCAACAACCGCCCUUUCCGUGACCGCAACGCUGGUCGCAACAACAACCGCUCCAAGCCCACUGACGAGGCUGAGCAGCCCCCCCCGCGGCGGCCGUGGUGGCCGUGGCCGUGGUGACCGUCAGUCCCGCACUGGUCAGACCGACACUCGCAAGCAGGUCCAGCAGGGCUGGGGUGCCGAGAGCGGCGAGAAGGCCUGGGAUGAUGAGCGCCAGGGUGAGAAGCUCGCCAAGGCUGAGGAGAACGCUCCCGAGACCCCCGCCGAGGAGAUUGAGGAGCCCGACAACUCCAAGUCCUUCAGCGACUACCUCGCUGAGAAGGCCGCCCGCGAGAGCCUGGCUGCCAAGCCCGUCCGUGCCGCCAACGAGGGUGUGAAGGAGGACAAGAAGUGGGCCAACGCCAAGGAGGUUGAGCACAAGGAAGAGGAGGCUUACUUCCAGGGUGCUGGCGAGAAGACCCAGCGCCAGAAGCAGCGCAAGGAGAAGAACUUCCUUGACGUUGACCUGCGCUACGUUGAGCAGCCCCGCUCCAGCCCCGCCCCCCGUGGUGGCCGUGGUGGCCGUGGCGGUGACCGCGCUCCCCGUGGUGACCGUCCUCCUCGCGGUGCUCCUCGCGGUGGUGCUCCCCGUGGCUCUGGUGCCCCCCCGUGGUGCUCCUGCUGCUGGCGCUCCUCGCGGCGGCCGUGGUGCCCCCCGUGGCCCCGCCGGUCCUACCGUCGACGAGAAGAACUUCCCCAGCCUGGGCGGCAACUAAAUGCUUCCAACGCCCCUCCCGGUGUCCUCGACGGGACUGCCUUUCCUGGGCCUCUUCCCUUGACUCUCUCUCCGUCAUGCCCGUUCUCUAGGUGCGGUAUCGCACUUGGGGGAUCUUUCUGA